AUGAAAAAUUCGCUCGAGGUAAAUAAAUCGGAGGGUACCUUACUAGUAGAUGAGAGGAAGAGAUUAAGAAUAGGAGAGCUAUAUCGCUACAAGUUUUCUGUGAACAGAGAUGUACUUAAAGAACACGGUUUAGAUGUAUCAUACUUAUUUGUAAGAAUCAAGAACGAAGAGAGCCCACUUCUACGACCGGUUUAUUUGACGGGACCAUAUUCCUUCUACAUUGAUAUUAGACCGCAUAACUAUAAUGAGAAUCGCAAGUUUCGAGGAAAAGAAACGAUCUCAUUUAUCGAAAAUCUGAAACCAGAUGAAAGAUUUAAAGUAAAAAUAUUGCUGAACAAAAAUUCCAGAGUUGGUGACAGUUCAAAUUAUUCCUGGACCGUUGAUAUAAUUUCACAAUUGGCGGUGACCACGAUCCCAAAGCUGGAAUUCACGUUUAGGAUAGGAACUACUCGGAGGGUGGUUAAGAGAUCCAAUGAGCUUUUUGAAAAUAUUGAAGGCGUUUCUUUGGAGAUGUGGGAUACCAAAACUCUUUGGGAUUUACCACCAAAAUUUCCAGAAAAGCCUGUACAUCUUGUUAUUGUGACACAUGGUAUCUUUUCUAAUAUCGGGUGCGAUAUGUUAUAUAUGAAAGAUAAAAUUGAAGAAAUGACGUUCCCGAUGAAUGAGUCUAUUAAUCCGAAUAUAAUAGUCCGGGGGUUUAUGGGCAACAUUGGGAAAUCAGGUCAUGGAGUACAUUGCUUAGGUGUUAGGGUUGGAAAGUAUGUCCUUGAAAUUGUUGAUAAGUUGAACAAAAAGUAUAAAGUGGACAAGAUAUCAUUUAUUGGUCAUUCCUUGGGAGGACCAACACAAUCCAUGGCAGUUCGUUACAUUACCGUAAAAAAACCAGAUUUUUUUGAUCCGGUGAAUGGUGUCAAACCAGUUAAUUUUAUUACGCUAGCUAGUCCCUUUAUUGGUGUUAUUGGUGACUUCCCCUUUUAUUUGUCGGUUCCGCUUGAUAUGGGUGCCCUGGGUUUGACAGGAAGAGACUUAAAUUUGAAAUACACACCUUUAACAUCCAAAGACGGAUUAUAUACAGACGAUGACUCUAAUCCGGAACAUUCCAAAUACAUAUUGGAGAUUCUUCCACAAGCACCGGCCAAAAAAAUAUUCGAGUCUUUCAAAAGGAGAACCAUAUAUGCCAACAUCAUGGAUGAUGGUAUCGUUCCAUUACGAACUGCCGCGCUUCUAUAUUUGGAUUGGCGAGGUAUACAUAAAGUCCAAAAAAUCAGAAAAGAAAAUAAGAAUCAAUCAACUUCUGGCGGGUAUAAUUCCUCCGACAGCCGAGAAAGUAGUACAGCAUCAUCGCCUUCUAGUAAAAAUGAUAAUAACGUUGGCGAGAUUCCUCCAGAAAGUCCGAAUAAAAAAGCGGCCUUACAGUGGAGCUUACCUCAAGCUGUCAUACAUGGGAGUAAAAUAAAUAAAUACAAAAGAGGACAGACCAAUGAGGCAGCCUCAAAUUCGGAUAAUGAACGUGGAGUAAUCUUUGACGGUCAAAAAUUCCAACCUCCAAAAGAAGCUAAUACAGUAUUAUCAGCUUUAUCAGUUCUGACCGCGGCUAUACCAGAUCAAGAGUAUAUCAAAAAUCCAGCCGUAAGGAAAGAUGAAGUCAUACAUGACAAACUUUAUCACCCAGAAGAAUUGCCUCCUCCACAUUAUGAAAAUAGGCCUAUUGUUAAGAAGCUUAUAUAUCCUAACGAGAGUGUCAACAGAAUCCAAGAACGAAUUGCCAGGGAAUGGCAAGAAACGAUGACUUGGCGAAAAGUAUUAGUGCAAAUCCAGCCAGAUUCGCACAAUAAUAUAAUAGUAAGGAGAAGAUUUGUCAACCUGUACGGUUAUGUUGCCGUAGAGCACAUGGUUGAACACCAUUUCGGUACUAAAGUUUGUAGCGAACUCGCUGAUGAUCCAAAUGAGCCAAAAGAUGAAUCAAAUCAACCACAGCACCUCGAAUCAUCAAAUGAACAAAACAAUCGGAGUAAAUCUAAGGGUGUGGUCGACGCCUUAUGA